UUGCCAUCCCCACCAAUUUUUAAUUUUAAUACUACUCUGUUUCUCUCUCUCUCUCUCUCUCUUACUCUGCAUUGGUGAUCCCUUUUAACACCGUUCCAUUAUUCCCUAAACUAACCAUAAUAAUGACAAGGCUCUUUCGAUCCAAAUCUUGCAGACUCGUAGAUUCCAAGCCUUCUCCGCCAACUCCCAUCUUCCGCAAUGAACAAGAAGAAGAUGAAGAAGAAGAAGACGAAGAAGAAGAAUUGGAGAGUGAUGAUGAGGAGGAGAGCAGUCCUGUUUGUACGGCUUUCAUGAAUGGAGGAGGAGGGUCAAGUAGAUGCCAAUCGGAGAGCCAUCAAAACCAGUUUGCAAUAGUGGACAUUCUGGUGGCUGCUCUCAAGAAGUCUCUGGUCACUUGCAGUGUGGAGACGGAAGAAGAUCAUGUUUCUUCCUUGGAUAUUAGCUGGCCAACGGAAGUCCGCCAUGUUUCUCAUGUCACCUUCGAUAGGUUCAAUGGCUUCCUCGGUUUGCCCUCUGAGCUUGAGCCUCAUGUCCCCAAGAGGGUUCCUAGUGCCAGCGCAAAGGUGUUUGGUGUUUCUGCAAAGUCAAUGCAGUGCUCUUAUGAUGAAAGAGGGAAUAGUGUCCCAACCAUUCUUCUCAUGAUGCAAAAGCGUCUUUACUCUGAAGGAGGCCUUCAAGCGGAAGGAAUAUUCCGAAUCAAUGCCGAGAACAGCCAAGAGAAGUUUGUUCGAGAUCAGUUAAACAAAGGUCUGGUGCCACCUGGAAUCGAUGUUCAUUGCUUAUCUGGUUUGAUCAAGGCUUGGUUUAGAGAGCUUCCAAGUGGGGUGCUUGAUUGUCUAACCCCAGAACAGGUGAUGCGCUGCAAUUCGGAAGAGGAUUGCACUAAUCUGGUGAAAUUGCUUCCUCCAACAGAAGCUGCGCUUCUUGACUGGGCUAUCAAUCUCAUGGCAGAUGUUGUCCACCACCAACACUUGAACAAGAUGAAUGCACGCAACAUCGCUAUGGUAUUUGCCCCCAACAUGACACAGAUGGUGGAUCCUCUGACUGCAUUGAUCCAUGCAGUGCAAGUCAUGAAUUUUCUCAAGACAUUGAUUCUCAAGACCCUUCAAGAGAGGGAUAAAUCUACUUCCAAAGAAGAUGAUGACAGGGAGGGAUCUCUUGAGCAAACUGAGGAUGCUACUUGUGCCUCAACACCACCUUCAAAAAGCAAGUUCUCAAGGACUUCUACAUUGGGGAGACUAGAAUGGUGCAUUGAGGAGAAGCUUUGGAGACCUGAGGAAGUAAAUGGAAAAAGGGAAUUUGAAUGUGUUAUAGAUGGUAGCCCCUCUUCUAGUUCUAGAUAUGAGAAUAGUUAUAGCAGUAAUAGUAGAUCAAGUAUGUAUGAGAGUGAACAUUGGGUGAGAUUGAGAAAAGGGGUGAGGAAGUUAUGCAGGCACCCUGUGUUUCAGUUGAGCAAGCCAACAAAGAAGAGUGCUAAUAAUAAUGCUAAUCUUGGAGUUGUAAAUAGUAGCAGUAACAGGGAACAACGUGGUGAGGCUUGGGCCUAAGAAUAAUAGCAUCUGCUUGCCCUACUUUUUAUGGAUUUUGUUGUGUUGUGUGCAUUGUGCAAAUGACAUGACAUACAUCAUGCAUCUCAAUUUGUGUGAGCUGAGAUUACUGUAUGUACUAAUGUAAUGUAACUGAUGCCUGAUCUCUUAGUAGAAGAGUGCAAGUUCAUGACAUGUUUAGAGUUUUACUUGCUGACAUCAAAUAUAUUUACUCAAAAACAAAACUUUAAGGACAUAUAAUGACCAU